UUCAUAGAGCAGUGAAAAGCCCUGUUGCGCACUAAACAGGGCUUUUCUCCGCUCCUUCUAAUUCAUGUAGCGUCUUAAUGCCCCUCUAGCAGCUGUUUUCUCUACCUUGCUCUUGUCCCCGAAACUGUAUCGCUACACCAUUCUAAUGAAUGGCAAUUGCAAUUCAUGUAGGUAUUGAAAGCUGUGCUUUCUGCUUCGCCCCUGACACUGUUUUCGCCAUUUCAGCAUGGCGUAGACUGGCAGCAGAAUGGAGAAGGGCAGCGGAGACUGCUGUCUCCCACCCCCUUCUCUGAUGCCAGCCAAUCAGAGGAGACCAGGGUAUAUGCAAUUAUGCAUAUGCUCCAGACUGUCCUCCCCCAAUGACUUCUCACUACUCUACUUCCGCUGCUAGAAAGUGACCCGACAUAUACAUAUGCCAGGUCACCUCCUCCUUUCUGCCCUUGCCCAGCUGUUUGCUGUGUUGCUCCCACUCUACCCUUUGACCUGCCACCGCUGGAGUUCUCGUUUCCCCGGUGCAUGUGCAGAUGACACCUGGAGGCAAGGGGCACACUGCGCAUGUGAAGAAAAUCCCCAGCCGCGAUAUGAAGAGAGAAGACUGGAGAAGCCGGAUUCGUGGAACAUCCAGAUGCCGCAUCGUAUCAGGGAACAGAGCAUCCCAUAUGAUCAUUACACUGGUUGAAGACUUUCCUGAAUAUCUCAUUAUCAAUCUUGAUAAGCUUGAUUACUGUGCCAGUUUAAGAAACCUUGAUGCUGUCGCAGAUCGACCAAACUACAAGUUCUUGCAGGGUGAUAUCUGCGACUCACAUUUUAUAAGUCGGCUCUUUGAAACAGAAAACGUAGAUGUGGUUUUGCACUUUGCGGCACAAACUCAUGUAGAUCUUUCCUUUUUGGAGUCCUUUAAAUUUGCCUAUGUAAACACCUAUGGAACCCAUGUUCUAAUUAAUGCUGCUCAUGAAGUUGGAGUAGAGAAGUUUGUCUACAUAAGUACAGAUGAAGUAUAUGGCGGUAGCCUUGAUGAGGAAUUUGAUGAAACAUCACCAAAUCGGCCAACGAAUCCAUAUGCGUCAUCCAAGGCAGCUGCGGAAAGCUUUGUGCUGUCUUUCUGGGAAAGAUACAAGUUUCCAGUUGUUAUUACCAGAAGUAGCAAUGUAUAUGGACCACAUCAAUAUCCUGAAAAGGUUAUACCAAAGUUUAUUUCUUUGUUGCUGCAUAACAGAAAAUGCUGUAUCCAUGGUACCGGGAGACAAAUCAGAAGCUUUCUGUAUGCCUCAGACGUGGUGGAUGCUUUGCUGACCAUUCUAAGGGUGGGGAAGGUUGGGGAAAUCUACAAUAUUGGAACAAAUUUUGAAAUGUCUGUGUCCCAGUUGGCUAGAGAACUAGUCCGAAUGAUUCGAAAGACUUCCUCAGAAACAGAAACUGAGUGUUGGAUGGAUUAUAUAAAUGACAGGCCUGUCAAUGAUCUUCGAUACGCAAUGAACUCUGCAAAAAUGCACAGUUUAGGAUGGAGGCCUAAGGUAAAUUGGAAAGAAGGCAUUGAAAGGACAGUUGAAUGGUACAAAAACAAUUUCCACAACUGGAAGAAUGCGGAGCACGCCUUGGAACCAUUUUUUUGUCAGGCAUAGCAAGAAAAGGAUGCUGGGGGAGAGAGGUGCAUUGUGAGAGCACAAAGCUGUAGGACUCGUAUGUUUCUACCUCUGAACAAAACAUUGUCAGUGAAAUACAUGUUGAAUGUAACAAAUGCGUGACAUUCCAGCACAAUAACUCAUGGAAUCCAUUUAUUUGUAGGUGAUGAUGAAAAUGUUACAAUCAUGAUCAGUUAAUUUUUCUACACCUGUAUCCAUUUAUUUGAAAUGCAGCAGUAAGAUCACAAUAAUUGCCGACUUGUAUAACAUUCUGGUAUUGUUUCCAAUAGAUUGUUGAAGCUUAAAACUUUUGAAAGCUGCAAAUGGGCUACACUGCUCUGUCACCACUGGGGCAUUUGUCUUCUUCAUUCUUCCCAAUUGAAGGGUUUUCUGCCAUCAAAGAUGUAUAGGUCUCUUUACAGAAAAUGAUGUAAAGCACAGCGGCAACAGAAAUAUUGGGAUAUGGAAUGGAAAAGAGACAGUGGAGGAGAUUUAUCAAGUCUGGGAGAGAAAGUGGAGAUAAAGUACCAACCAUCAACUUCUAUCAUUUUUAUAACACAGCCUGAAAAAUGAUAGAAGGAUUAAUUGGUAUUUUAUCUCUCUCCAAGGUUUGCUCAAUUUCCCCUUUAUCAGCAAAAGUACUUGGUCCGUGGUACUCUUAAGGGGGGAAAUUAAAUUUUAUCGCCACCGAUCUCCCGUCUAAAGUGAUGGGAGAUCGCAGGGGGCGAUAUUCAUUUGAUGCCCCCUAUCACGCUGAUCGCACCCAUUAGUGUCAGGUUUUGCCGCAUAAAGCUGCUAAACCCGACUAAACUAAUGGGUGCGAUCGGGGAAAGUGCCAUUUGGGCACCCAAACGGAUUACUUUUCACACAUUUCAGCUCGCCACCCCCAGCUGGUGCGAGCUAAAAUGUAGACACCGGCAGCCAAUCGCGCCCAAAUGGAGAUAUAUCUGAAUAUCUCCAUUGGGCACCAUCUAGUGGCUGCCAGUGUCAAAAAAGAUUUGAAUUCUGCCCUAAGAGUGUCCAUUUACUAUCCAUAUGAAUUGAUGAUCUAUAUUAUAUUUGAUUUCUUGGGGUUAGUGGAUUAAUAUCAUGUCGUAAUUUGAUGAAUUUCCUGCACUAAUUUAAGACUCCACAAAAUAUAUAGAUAUAUAAAUCUACAUGAACAAACACACACAAAUGGUGGUGCAUGAGUGUGGAAACACUCUUAUAAAAAGAAAAUGAUUAAAGAAAUAUUAAUGUCACUACUUGCAAAUGAAAACUCGGUUACAACUCGAGAUUGAAUAAAGAUACGUUAAAAUGAAGAACCCCUUUGUUUUUCUUAUGAAAUUCUGCGUCUGUUUGAUAUGUCAUAUGACUACCUUCCCAAUUAAAAAAUUCAAGUUGCAUCCAAGAUGGCUGCUAUACUGGUAAACCUGCAAAGUUUCCCCCCACUCCUAUAUCACAUGUGUAGACACUGGAUUAAUAUUUCUUUACUCAUAUUCUUUUUAUAAAGGUGUUUCCACACUUACGGACCGCCCUGUAUUUAUUUUUUGUAUUCAUGCUUUUGGUGGCUAUUAACACUGAACAGGCAUAUGACAUCCAGCAGUCCUUUUGAGCAUGUAUUUUUGUAAUAAAGGAUAAAGAGUUUUAACAUAGUGAAAAUGAAGGCUAUUAAAGCUGCACUCUAUGUAAGUGGGAGCUAUUGUUAAACAUUUAAAAAAAUGUCCACUGAGAUGGAAGCGAGUGUCAGCGCGCUCUGUGCUCACGGCUUCCUAUUUAUCUUUGUGGCUACAUCCCACCUGAUUGUGUGGAGCUUCUCCUGGAUUCCGGUAAGGGAACCAGGGGUAAGGCGAUUUUGAUAUUUAUCUGUUUCACCCUACCCUGGAAUGCAGCCUUAAUGAUUUUAACUUAAGAAAUGUUGUUUUAAAUGUUUUUAUUUGUAAUCAUUUGCACCUUAUUACAUUUUAAAACUGUGCAUUCCAAAUAUCUUUAAUGACCAGAUUUAUUGCAUAUGAUUUUUUAUUUAUUGAAGUGUGGGAAUCACAUUAGAUAUCCCAUCAGUGUACCUGGAGGCCUUAGUCCAUGAAAUAGGUGAUCAAAUGCUAUUGGUCUUAUUUACAAGUAUGUCAAUGACGUGUCCAAAAUAACUUCCAACAUUUUUAAGGGAUGUUGGAUCUUUUGCACCAAGAAUAAGACUGGUGCAAGAGCACACUGAUAAUGAUGAUACAGUAUUUAUCAAAAUAAGCGCACAGACGGGUGGUCCGGAAGCAGAAUUUUGAGUUACUCUGUAUACGAGUGAAUAUACACAUUUAGCAUACAAUAGAACAUGCAUUCUAAUGUUAAACAGUAAUUCAUGUUUUCGCACCGAGGGCAUUUUUUGGAGUUGGACGCAGCCGCUGCUUUCGCAUGCAGCAGUGGUGUCCAUGGGGUGUGCACAUACACACUGGCCACAGUGUGCAACCCUUCAACAUGCAAUCGCACCCCAGAAGGGUGUCUUGGGAUGUGACACAACAUUGGGGGGGGUUGUUAUGGGAGAUCGGGAAAUGCAGGUGUGUCAUGGCCGUUUUUGGGGCUGGCCUAUGACGUUUCCUGCACAUGGAAACAUGGCAUCGGUGCCCCUGUCAAUGCAGCCAGGCUGUGCAGGCAUGGGUCAACCUCUAUUCGAUGUGUUUACAAUUAAAUUGCAAAUUCAUCGUGGGGAGGCGCCACACAUGCUGUCAGGCCCUAAGUGUGUGAGUGUAUGGACGCAGAUUUUGCUGCGGGAGCAAAUUCUGCGUCCAUCUUUGAAUAACCCCCUAGAAUACAGAAUAAUCUGAACAUAUGUUCCCUUUUAUAUGUGAACAUUAUUUUAUAUUAAGAGUACCUUGUAAUCUAUUGUAAUAAUAAUAAAUAGCAUACUUUUUCAUA